CCGCACACCCACCCUCGGAGCCGAGCGCCGCCGCCGCCGCCGCCGCCGCCAUGUCUUCCGGGCCCAGCGUGAGCGCCCUGCAGCGCCUGGUGGAGCAGCUCAAGCUGGAGGCCGGCGUGGAAAGGAUCAAGGUCUCUCAGGCGGCUGCAGAGCUUCAACAGUACUGCAUGCAGAAUGCCUGCAAGGAUGCCCUGCUGAUUGGUGUUCCAGCAGGAAGCAACCCCUUCCGGGAGCCCAGAUCCUGUGCUUUAUUCUGAAGACUAUAGGGAAGAAGUUCGCUGAGGAAUGCCUUCAAGUACAAAGUGAUGAAUGACUGUCUCCAAGUUCCAAGAAAACAUUUUUCUCUAGCCAAACAACUUUUAGAUAUUUGUGACCUUUCUUGUGGCCUAGUCCUAUAGCCAAAAUUCCACAGAAAUUGAUGUGUUUCUGCUCAAAAAAGGAAACUGGGUGAAGGAGCAGACCUUUAAAUAAUAAUGGCCUGGUUCUUUUGGUGAAGUGCUUUACACUUAAGGUAAACAAAAAUCUUACCACCAAACAUACCAAAAGACACCUUUUUCAUAAGUGAAUUACUGUUGUUUCUAUACCUGGAAUACCAUGUAUGUUUUAUUUACCACGUAUUUACAUUUUAAGAAGAAAACAUUUUUGCUUAUUAAAUAUAAUUUGUUCCUAAGAUUUUUAUACCAUAACAAAAUUUCUUUUCUCAUGAAUUUACAAUUUCUAAAUAAACAAGUAUAAAAUUUGGCUUUACUAAUUAAUUGAUGCCUUGAUUUUUCUAAAUGAGAAGACUGGUUUAUUUUUAACACUGAAAUUGGGGGCUGUUUCUUAGCAAACAUGUGUGGAAACAUUUAUGCUGUGUUGGGUAUUAGGUUGCUCUUGUGUAUGAAGCAGAUUUGGCUGCUGUUUUUUCAAGUUCAUGGACUUUUUGGUUGUCCUUAAACUUAAAAAAAAUAUUAUUUCAUGUCUUUAAAAAAAUGUUUAAAAUGUGACCUGCAGAAUGUUGCAAAUGGUUAAAAAUAUGAAAAAUAUUACAACCUAAAAGUAUUUUUAAUGUCACAAGUGUUUUGUUUUGAUGAUGUGCCUUUGAUUUGAUUUGGGAUACUUUUAAAAAGGUACUUUGUGAUAAUCUGUGAAGGGCUUGGAAAUAAAAUUUCUGCUUAAUUCAUCAUUUUCUAUGACAGAAAA